GUGGCCAGGUGGCAGCCUGAGGAGCCGUGGAACGAAACGGGGCCGCGCUCCUCGCUCACGCCGAGCCGGACCGCCGCCUCCAAAGACCCGUGUCGGAGCAGCAGCAGGCACCUCCCCGCCCCUCCGUCCCCGGUGUCCUGUAGCAGCGUCCCUGGGCGCCGCCAGCGCGGCGAUGGCAGCGGAAUUGCCAGACGAGCGUUUCCUCUACAUGAUCUCGUGCUUCAGGCCGUGGCUGAAGCAGUUCAUCCGGGUGCAGCCGGUGCUGGACCGGCUCCCUUCGCUUAGCGCGGAGGACAGGGAGAAGGUGCGCGCUGCUGCGGCUAGGCUGCAGCGGGACGAGGUGGAAGGGGCGGAGGAGCUGCUGCGGGCCGUGGAGCGGAGACCGCGCGGGUGUGGCUGGUUCCACGAGUUCUUGCAGGCGCUUGAGCAUGGCGGCUGCAGCAUGGCCGCCUGCUACGUGAACCCCAGCCUCAGCCAGCUGCCCUCGCCGGCCGAGGAGGCCGACCACGACCUCUGCGUGCAAUUGGUGCAGCUGCUUCACAGCACUGUCGUGGAUAGUAUGCGGACCGUGCAGGUGGCCGAGAAGUGCCUGCAGAUGGGCAUCUUCCAGGAUGAGGACCUGGAUGGGAUCCAUACUGUUACUGACAGUCGUGGGAACAGAGAAGGUGCAAGGGAGCUAUUGAGCAGAUUAGUGCAGAAGAAAGAUUGGUUCUCUCGUUUUUUGAUUGCUCUGCAUGAAACCCAACAUGGAGGACUUGCAGAUGAUUCAAGUGGAAAUAUAGGAGAAUGGUUUACAAAUAUAUGCAAGAUUUUAAAGUACGCUGCAUUAUGUCUCCUUGGGGAUAAGACAAGAACAAAGGAUAAACAAAAUGGGAUGAAGAACAGUACAAACGAAGAAACAGAAGUUACAAGCCAACCAGGUUAUGCCAUAGUGGAGGAUUUAAAGCAGCAGGAAAAUCUGAAUGAUAGUUUCAGCAGUGAGAACAAUUUAUUGGAAACAUCUAUUGGAAAGAAUUCUGUAGUUUCAGAGUCAGAUGUCUCUAUAGGAGCUGGAAGUGUCAGUUACUUGAAGGAAAACCUGGGAUGGAACUUUACAAGCAGUGAUUCAGAUGAAGAGGAGAGCAGAGCUUCACCUGAGCCAGAUCUGGUCCUGAGAGAUUACCAGGUGGAAGUUGCAAAGCCAGCACUGAAUGGGGAGAAUAUUAUAAUAUGUCUCCCUACAGGCAGUGGUAAAACCAGAGUGGCUGUUUACAUUACCAAAGAUCAUUUGGAUAAAAAGAAAAGAGCAUCAGAGCCUGGAAAAGUUAUAGUCCUUGUUAAUAAGGUACCAUUGGUAGAACAGCAUUUACGAAAGGAGUUUAGUCCAUUCCUGAAGCGCUGGUAUCAUGUUAUUGGUUUAAGUGGUGAUUCUCAGCUGAAAAUCUCAUUUCCUGAAGUUGUCAAAAAAAAUAAUGUCAUCAUCUGUACAGCACAGAUCCUUGAGAAUUCACUGCUAAAUGUAGGCAAAGAAGAUGAAGAAGGUGUCCACUUAUCAGAUUUUUCACUCAUCAUUAUUGAUGAGUGUCAUCACACUCAAAAGGAAGGUGUCUACAACAACAUAAUGCGACGUUACUUAAAAAAAAAGAACAGGAAGUUGGCAAAAGAAAACAAACCACUGAUCCCACAGCCUCAGAUUCUGGGACUUACAGCCUCACCUGAUGUAGGAGGUACAACAUCCUAUUCCAAAGCUGAAGAACAUAUUCUGAAAAUCUGUGCCAAUCUUGAUGCAUGUAGAAUCAUGACUGUUGAGGAGCAUGCCUCCCAACUGAAGAAUCAGGUGAAGGAACCUUUUAAGAAGACUGUGAUUGCAGAUGACAAAAAAAGGGAUCCAUUUAGAGAGAGAAUAACUGAGAUCAUGACAGAGAUUCAAAACUAUUGCCAGCUUCAUCCAAAAUCUGAGUUUGGAACUCAGCCAUAUGAACAGUGGGUGAUUAGAGAAGAGAAAAAAGCUGCAAAAGAAGAAAAACGCAAGGAACGUGUCUGUGCAGAGCACCUGAAGAAAUAUAAUGAUGCUCUCCAGAUUAAUGAUACCAUCCGAAUGGUAGAUGCGUACAAUCACCUGAAUAACUUUUAUAAGGAUGAGAAAAGUAAGAAGACAGUAAGGAGUGAUGAUGAUGAUGAUGCACCAGCAGUAUCAAAACAGGAUGAAACAGAUUUAUUUCUGAUAGGUUUAUUUCACGCAAAAAAGAAACAGCUGAAAGAGUUGGCUAGAAUGCCAGAAUAUGAAAAUGAGAAGCUAACACAGUUGUGAAACACUUUAAUGGAGGAGUUCACGAAGACUGAGGCACCUAGAGGAAUUAUUUUCACAAAGGCCCGGCUAAGUGCCUUUGCUCUAUUCCAGUGGAUUAAGGAUAACCCAAAAUUUGAAGAAGUGGGAAUUAAGGCCCAUUAUCUUAUUGGUGCUGGACAUAACAGUGAAAUGAAACCCAUGACUCAGAAUGAGCAAAGGGAAGUUAUUGAUAAAUUCCGAGGUGGAAAUUUGAACUUACUUAUUGCUACUACUGUAGCUGAGGAAGGCCUAGACAUCAAAGAAUGUAACAUUGUUAUUCGCUACGGCCUCGUCACCAAUGAAAUUGCUAUGGUGCAGGCUCGUGGUCGAGCUCGAGCUGAUGAGAGCACCUAUGCACUUGUGGCUUCCAGUGGCUCAGGAGCUAUUGAACGUGAAGAUGUUAAUAUUUUCCGUGAGAAAAUGAUGUAUAAAGCCAUUCAGAAUGUCCAGAAGAUGCCCCAGGAAGAGUAUUUAAAGAAGAUUCAGAAUUUCCAGUGUCAAAGUAUAGUGGAAAAAGAAAUGAAGGCAACAAGACAUCAGCACAAGACAUACAAGAAAAAUCCUUCACAAAUAACAUUCGUAUGCAAAAAUUGCCACAAGCUGGUAUGUUCUGGGGAAGACAUACGAGUUAUUGAAAACAUGCAUCAUGUCAGUGUGAAAAGAGAUUUCCAAAGUCUUUACCAUACAAGAGAAAAUAAGAUGCUGCAAGAUAAGAAUGCUGAUUACCAGACAAAUGGAGAAGUUAUAUGUAAAGAUAGUGGACAAGCUUGGGGAAAUAUGAUGGUUCACCAAGGUCUUGACCUGCCUUGUCUAAAGAUUAUAAAUUUUGUGAUUGUGUUUGAAGCUAAGACAAGAAAAGACAUUUUUAAGAGAUGGAGAGAGCUGCCCAUUGAGUUCCCUGGUUUUGAUUAUGCAGCUCAUUGUCCUUCAAGUAAUGAAGAUUAAGGACUUAAAAUGAAAAUUAAAAGCCUUUCAUCAGCUUUUCUCUUCCUGCUGAUUAGAAGCUCCUUUGUCCCAUAAGAAGUGCUGCAUCACAUACUGUAAAAGCCCCUGGGCCUGAGGAAACUGUCUUGAAGAGGGAAGAGAAAAAAAAAAAACGGAAGGAGAAGGAUGAAGUCACAGGGCUGCUGUUUGCACUCGGAUUUGCUCUGGUACUCCAUGGAACAAAUUCCCAUUUCUACUCACUACAGUCCAUCAAGGGGUGACAACACUGUCAGAAGUGUGUUAGGUGACCUGUUGUCAAGCAUAGACCAUAGGACAGAUAUCUUGAGAUGUGCCAUGGUGGUCAUUUUCUGUUUUUCUUCCUGCUAUAACCCUUUUGGAGAUAAAAUGUUUCAAAAGAGAAGCUGUGUUAAAAGAUUAGCUGGGUGUUAUUUCUGCAUCAGUGUUGCUUCAUCAGCAUUUUCAUGACUGAGUUCUUCCCCUCUUAUCUUUAGCCGUAAACUCAUAGGUUUUGACAGACUAAAACUAAGUUUCUGUUAAAAGAUAUUUCAAAAAAUCAAGCCCUUAACCUGACUUGAAAUUAUUUUACUGUCCAAGAAGCACAAUGCCAAGUGACUUUGGGUGUUACUUUAAUUGGAUUGUUAAACUAUAAUGAGGUAUGUACUUUUUUCAAUAAAUUACUAUAAUGAUUAACUUUU